AUGACGGGUGCCAAGGUCCAGCUCUUGGGGUCCACUCCCCACACAAAUUACAAAAUGCCUGCCAUCAACAACGCUCUGGUCGCCCGUGAGGCCUUCUCCCACAUCGCCAAGCGUGAGAACUGGGCCCAGAAAGAGGCCGGUGUCGUUGUCGUCUUCUGCAUCGUCUUCGUCGUCGCCCUUGGUGUUCUCAGUCUGUUCAUCAGCAAGAAGAUCUCUGCCGCUCGCGCCAGGAAGCAAGCGCUGCAAGGUUAG